AUGAACGGAGCACAUGGAAAUAAUUAUGUGGUCGGAGGACGUUAUUUAAAGGAAGAUAACUCGUCAGAGCAUCAUCGUGGAUACGCAGGAACACGUACCAAGGCCACACACGUGCUGAGAACAGAGCCCUACCUGGCUCGGAGAAUUAAAAUGCACUCAGGCCAGUUGGAUUCAAACCGCAAUCGCCGCAUAGAACAGGGCAAUCUUUCGGCGGCUGUCAGGCUUGUUUGCUCUCCCGAGGGUCUGGCGGGGGACUCGCCUGAGACAUUGGUGUUGUCAGCCCUGAAGUCAUUUAGGAAUGGUUCGUCUGGAGGCCUUGACUGCCUAAGGCCCCAGCACAUUAAAGAUUUAAUUUCAGGCCCACUGCCCAUUGACGAGUUUGUAAGCUCCCUAACACAGUUUAUAAAUAUAAUUUUAUCUGGCGCGUGCCCAUCCGCCGCCAGCCGUUUCUUUUUCGGGGAGCUGAAAUUCGCCCUCGAACGAGUGUCUCAUCUUCCGGUCCACGACGCGCUGACCAUUGUCCGCAACGCCCUUAGUUUGCCUAGAUUGAUGUAUUUCCUUCGUACAUCCUUCUCGGUUGAUGCAUCCAUUUUGGGCGGAUUCGAUGGCGCCCUGAGGUCAGCUUUGUCAGCCCUAUGCAAUGCUUCAAUACCCGUUCUUAAAGAGCCCUCGGGAAUUUCCGCGUUGGAUGGAAAACGUCCGGAUGGCUGCACGUUAAUUCCUUGGAGAGCCGGUAGAUGCCUGGCGUGGGACGUAACCGUUCCGGGCACAUUAGCGGAACGGUACGUGCACUUAACCAGCAAAGAAAGUGGUUUGGCCGCAACCAGGGCAUCGGAUGAAAAGUUUAAAAAAUAUGAAGGUGCCCUGCCCUCGAUGGAUUUUUUACCUGUUUGCAUCCAGGUUCUUGGCCCGAUGGACAACAACACUUCAAUAUUUUUUAAAAAGAUUUGCAAAAUGAUAAGUGGCAGGUCCGGCGACAGCAGAGAGCUAUUUUUCGCCAUGAAUCAUAUAUCUUGUUUGCUGCAAAGGUUUUUGCGCGUCUGUGUUACCGAAAAUGUUCAAUUAAACGCCGACGUGAGCGAAUAA